AUGAUAACCACUAACCGUCGACGGCGCAACCUCGGCGCUUGCGACUGUUGUCGUGCUCGACGGACAAAGUGCGACGGAUCGCGGCCGAAAUGUGGGACUUGCGCCCGGCGGAAAGUUGACUGCAUCUAUCCCGAAGUGCCGAGUCCGACCCAAUCGAGAGUGGAAAUAGAGUUGUGCACCAUCCGGGAUCGACUGAAUAGUAUCGAGAAACUGUUUUCUUCCGCUCAGCAGGACCGAUGUUGCCUGGUUAAACAGGUGCCCGCCGCCAUACCGAUCUCCGGCUGGGGCCGAGAGCAGAACGGUAAAGUAGAUGAACUUAGAUCUUCUUCCGUUCCAUACAUGGUGAUUCAGAACGCGGCUUUUAUGGAACUCGUGGGCCUCGAAAGCGACCUUGCUCGCCGUAUGACCGAUGCUGAACGAGCAAUGGUUCCGACGCCCUAUCCCUUGUCCCUUGGAGUGCGCAAGUUCUUUUCCAGCGGUUCCAGCCCGAUCAGCGCUCUCACGGCUUUUUUCAACAAAAUCCAUAGCUGGUACCCUAUCCUUAGCCUUCGGCUGCGCGAUAAGCUCUUUAACAUAGGAGACCUACCAAAAAGUGCUUCCGAGCGCUGUCUGUAUCUGAUCUUAGUGGCGAUAGGUUCGCUGGCCCAGUAUGACUCGCUGCAUGCGGCGCUCAGAGAGCGACCCGACGCUCCAUUAAUGGAAGAGGCGCUGCUUCUACUGCCGACGGUGCUUCUCGAAAGCGGUCCCACGGCCUUGCAAUGUCUAAUAUUUCUGAGCACGUACUAUUUAUGCCUAGUCAAGCCCUGUCAAGCGCACGAUUAUAUUCUCAUUGCGUCUAUGCGUGCCCAGAACCUGCUGAAGAGUGCCUCUCUCAACCCAGAAGACCAGGAACUUAUUCGGCGUGCAUUAUGGGUGACUCUGUUGAUCGAAAUUGAGCUAGCAAUCCAGCUGGAUCUGGCUAGUAGCGGCAUCUGGACCCUCGAUAACGAAAUCCCUCUACCGUCUUGGUCACAGCAUGUAGAUGAGGUACUGCCAUCUCCUUUCAGUACGCCAGUUGACACUCCUGGCCGCCCGUUCAGCAGUCCUCAGUCCCCGAGUCAGCUCUUGUCAUACUUCCUGGCGGAGAUCGCCAUGCGGCGGAUGCUCCAACGCUGUACAACAUCGACCCGAAUAUUACCGAGCGGAAAGCAAAUUUUCGCUCGCGUUAUAUCGACUGAGUUGGAAUUGCAGCUUGAGCAGUGGCACUCGCACCUACCGGAAUACCUACGCUUCGAUCGCUAUUGCAUUUCCGAGUGCAAUAUCAAUCCGCAAUUGCUCUUUCUUCGAACCCAAUACUAUGCGUACAGAGCGUCAAUUCUGUGGCCGGCAGUCCACCAGGUCAUGGUAGAAAGAGAGCAAUACGAUACAACGCUCCUGUCGUUCUGCCUUGAAUUUUAUCGAUCUUAUAACCACUUCGUUCUGAGUGCAGUUGCCUGUAUCCCGCAGUGCCUUCCGAACACAUGGACACUUUAUGCCAGUGUAUUUAUCAUCACCAUGGCGGCACUUCGAGCAAAAGAGAGCCCCGGCCUAUCCAGCAUUAUCACUCCGGAAAUUUUGAAGGGUAUCCAUGCUGCCGUGCAGCUGUUCGAGGAUGCCGCGGAGCUUGGUCCAUCACUACAUACGAUGCAGGGUAUUUUAGCUGAGGCUGUAGCAAAAAUGAGCAGGGGAAUAUCUCCUUGA